AUGGAAUCUGUAGACCCUAAGGUAGAGUCUCUGCUAAGCGUUGUAUCUCUCUCUGUACCACCUUUUUGGGACAUGGAUCCUCUUUUGUGGUUCGCUCAUCUUGAGGCUGAGUUUUACAACCACAGAAUCACUUCCGACUACGCGAAGUAUAGCAAGCUCCUGUCCUAUCUCCCCAAGGAGAUAUCAAUGCAGGUUCGUGACGUUAUCAUUUCUCAGACCGAAAACCGCUAUGAGGCUCUCAAGGAGGCCACGAUUAAGCGUGUUAUGCCCUCUGAGAAAGUUCGCCUGCAGCAGCUUUUCAGGGAUCUGCAGCUGGGCGACAAACUGCCCUCAACCCUGCUACGAGAGAUGCAGCAACUCCUUGGUUCCUCAACCAUGGACGAGACUUUACUUCGCGAACUAUGGCUACAGCGGCUACCGGAAAACACGCAAGCGAUUCUCGCUACAGUGAGCUCCGUUUCGCUCACUCAACUAGCAGAUUUAGCGGAUCGAGUUAUUGAGCGAUCACAGCCACAAGCCGACGCCAGCAAGAUCAAUGCCGUCGCGUCCCAGGGCACUUCUAUCACUGGCUUACAGUCAACUAUAGAAGCCCUGCAAACACAAGUUGCGACACUUAGUCGCCAGGUUCAACAGCUUACUAUGAACCGUCGUCGUCAUAGCCGCUCAAAAUCGCCCUUCAAACGUUCUAAGUCUAGCAACAGGCAGGCUAGCUGUUGGUACCAUCAGCGCUUUGGUACCGCAGCUCGUAAAUGUGUCAAGCCUUGCAACUUCGCCGAGAAGCAGGAAACUUCUCGGCCGGUCCGUAACGGCGACGGACGCGACCGGCCAACACCAAAGUCGCCUCAUCCGCGUUAG